GAACCAAAACCCCCAAAUCCGCAGCGGAGGUAUCAGUGGUUGAUCUGAGAAUAAGAAACGUCGAAGAGAAAAAGAGAGAAGAGAAGGAAACAGAGGAGUGAGGGGUAGGGGUAGGUGGAGUGAGAGAGGAAUAGGGUUCGGGGGGUUGCUGAGGUCGAAGAUGCACCCAAAAUGUGGAAGGAUUUGGGAGAUAGAGAAGCGGGUAAACUCCGCCCUUAUUCCUUUUCCAAUCGCAUUACAUCCGAUCGCAUCGCUUCUCUUCAACUUUCUAAUUAUAAAGAGAUCGUCUCUCCUCACAGAGGCGCUGUUAACUCCCUUCAGGUUGAUUUGACAGAGGGGCGGUAUUUAUUAUCCGGUGCAUCAGAUGCAUCAGCUGCUGUUUAUGAUAUUCAACGUGCCACAGAAUAUGAGGGGGGUAGUCUGGUUGCAAAACACAAGAGCAUUUUUGUUGUUGACAAGCAACAUGAGCAUGGACACAAGUAUGCUAUAUCCUCAGCCAUAUGGUAUCCCAUUGACACAGGGCUGUUCAUCACGGGUUCAUAUGAUCAUUACAUCAAUGUUUGGGAUACAAAUACCACACAGGUAGUGGUGAAUUUUAAAAUGCCUGGAAAGAUUUAUAGGACUGCAAUGUCUUCACUGGCGACAGCUCACAUGCUUAUUGCUGCUGGAACCGAAGAUGUUCAAGUUCGCCUUUGUGAUAUUGCUUCAGGAGCUUUUGCUCACACUUUAUCUGGUCAUCGUGAUGGUGUAAUGACAGUUGAAUGGUCUACUUCUAGUGAGUGGGUUUUGGUAACUGGGGGAUGUGAUGGUGCAAUACGAUUUUGGGACAUCAGACGUGCUGGAUGUUUUCUUGUUUUAGAUCAGUCCCAAUCACAGCUUGGUAGACGCCCACCUCUCCUUGAAUGCUCUACUGCGAAUAAGGCUCCAAUGUCAAAGUCCUUUCCAGCAAGCCAAAGUGUAAAUGUUAGAUCCCGUGCACCACAAAGGAAAUUUGCUUAUGGGAAUGGUUCAAAACAGUCAGCUACUGGUAGAACUUCAAGUCAAGCCAAGGGAUUGGUCAGGCAGAGACUACAUCCAGGGAUGUUAUCUAGUCAGGACCGUGCCACUUCUCAUUAUGGUGCUGUUACUGGAUUAAAAGUAACUGACGAUGGCAUGUAUCUUCUGAGUGCAGGUUCUGAUUCAAGAUUAAGGUUGUGGGAUAUUAUGUCCGGCUGCAACACACUAGUGAACUUUGAAACUGUGCGGCUACAAACCAGCAAAGCAAUGCAGUUGGCUAUAACUAAUGAUUCAGCACUUGUCUUUGUUCCUUGCAUGACAGCCGUAAAAGCAUUUGAUGUCUGGUCAGGUAAGACAGCCAUGACAUUUCGUGGCCACUACGAAUAUGUGAAUUGUUGCUGGUUAAGCUUGCAGGAUCAGGAAUUAUAUACAGGCGGCAAUGAUAGACAAAUUCUUGUUUGGUCACCAUCUAGAUUGAAUUUUGAUGAAAUGGUACACCCUUUGAAUUUGUAUAUUAUUCUGUCCUUGUAUGCAUUUAGUUUACUGAUGUUUAUAUGAUUAAAUGUUAAGAGCUUUCUGAGCUGGCAUCUUACUUUGUUUGGAAAUACAUGCAGGAUCAUGGCAGCAGGGAAGAGCCGAUUCAUGCACAGGAUCAGGAUAAUUGGAGCGAUUGACAUUCCUUGCUACCUGAGAUUAUGUGGGUUUUACUUUUACAUGUAACUUAACCUCUUAAAUCUUGUAUAUUUAUCGUCGCCUUUUGUAUGUAUUUUGUUGUUGUUUGGUUGCUUUGGAUAUUUGAUUCUAAUAAAUUCCCUAUCAGAAUGUCAGAAUGGCAAAA